AUGGCAGCUCUAAAUAAUGUGCCUGUAGAGGCAACAUGGACAUGGAGUCUCGACAAAUUACCAGAGGGAACUGGUACUGUGGUCGUCAAUAUAUACCCAGACAGCAGCUUCGAGAAUUCGAUUGAGUGCUCAAGCGAAGGAUGUGAUCCAUCUGUAGCGAUGCAAUUCCUGCUAGACCACGUCCCCGAGGGAAACAACCUAGUCAAGCUCUUGCUAUCAGUCAAGUCUGGAUACAUAAUCCAGUCCGACUUUCUUGACCGGCGCAUGGUUGACUGCCUGAACGUGACCAAAGUCCAAGGCUUUGUCGCUCCAGGGCAGCAUAUUGAAGGUUGUACUGCCGAAGCAUACCAGUCUAUGAGCUUCUCAGGCUUGCUAGAGUACUGCUACGGAGCGAUCGUGAUCCGGGACGACAGCUCAGUAUCUGUUGCAGCUAGGUCGACGGCAAUUAACGAUGAGUUGGGGAAACGUCUGUCUUACCCAUGGCUCUCGCUGAGCCUAAUACCUCGAAAGCGCCUGGCGCUCGUCGGCGCUGGUUCUUUGCUGAAGGUACAUGGAUUUCUCGUGGCCGCGGCGUCGCUGAAUAUAGCGCUGGUCGUGUUCGACAACGCCGGCCACUGGCUGUCUGAUGAGAUAUAUAGAAAUUUUCGAGAAGAAUUCGUGCCUCUGGACAUGACUGUAAAUGCAGAAAUUACCCAACGCAUCGCGCUGGCGGUGACUGAAUAUCAAAGUACCAACACAAAAGAGCAACACCUCGAUGGAAUUUUGAGUGUUGAGGAGCAUCUCCAUACGAUUAUAGCCCACGCAGCAACAAAGUUGGGCUUCAACACUUCGCCUCCAGAAUCCGUAGGCUUAGCUCAGAAUAAGUAUGCAACACGGCAGCUUGACAAAAACAUUUUCUGCCGACUCGUCAGCUGCCCAGCUGAUCUAGAAGCAGUGCUCUCUGAGGAAGGAUCAAAGCUUCUGUAUCCUCUUAUUGUGAAACCUUCCAAGGGUUGGUCAUCCGAGGGAGUUUGGAAAGUGGCAGACCAGAAGGAGCUACAUGAAAAGGUCACUUCGCUAUGGCGUGAGUCUUUCACAGCUUGGCACGGCCACGACGUUGUAAUAGAGACGUAUAUUGAUGGACCCGAAGUUGACGCCAACAUGGUCCUUGUUGAUGGCAAAGUUGUCUUUUUCGAGGUCAACGACGACUUUCCCAGCGCUGGAGAUUACGACAGUAACGAACGCGGAGCUCGGGUGGCUAACUUUGUUGAGACGUCAAAUAUGCUACCAUCAGCUCUUCCUUCAUCCGAGCUGAAAUCGUUGCAGAAAAGACUGCACGAGCUUGCGCUUGCUGCAGGCUUUCGAAACGCGGUGCUCCACAUUGAGGCCAAGCUUCGUAACUCGAGCUGUUACUACGCUAAGGAUUCUGACGGAGACAGACUCGUCGAGUUGCAGUUUAGAAUGCCACCAACCACAACGACACAGCCUAAGGAUGUGUUCCUCCUUGAGAUCAACCCUCGCGCACCAGGCUGGCAAGAAAUUGAAGCCACCGCACACACAUAUGGCGUAUCAUACUAUAGCAUCGCCCUCCUGAACGCCUUAGGUGACAAGCAGCGCAUUGCAUUCUUAUCUGUGCCUUUCGUUGGCGGACCCCAGUACCACAUGCAACUGCUGUUCGUCUCGGCCCAGAAGGGAGGCGUCUAUAAAUAUGGCGACAUUUGCAAAACUGUGUUGGAGUCAGACUCACAAGGUUCUAGUCAAAGUGAGAACCUUAGUGACCACGUUGUCAAGAGCGCGAAUCUUAUGGAGGAUGGUGAGAAAGUACUCGACCCUGGUACUGGACAAGUAUAUGGCAAUUUUAUUGCCUUCUUUUUGGUCAUGUCGCGCACAAGCCGCAAAGAAGCGAUGCGCAUUGGGUGUGAAAUCGAGCGUCGCGUUAGAGAGCAUACGAACGGGUUUUGA